AUGGCGUCGCUAACGAAAGAAUCGAGGAGGCCACAUAAGGGAUAUUACAAGCAACUGGAAAACAUUUCUUCUGUAAUUAUGUAUGAAACAAAACCUAAAAGACCAAAAAUCAAGACGUACCCUAAAAAAUUUGAUGUCGAAAGAAUUAUAUCAAGAAAAAUGCAGAACAAGGUCAGUUACUGAUUCAAUGGUAGUCAUUCACUUGUUCACACGUCAUAUUUUACAUUUUUGAAUCAUUGUGAUUGGCAUACUGAGACAAUGUCUGAUGAUACUGAAUAUAUUUAUUGCUGUAAAAAUGUUGAAAGCCGUGUCAGCUACAGUUUUUUUGCACUUCAGGAGGAAUACUACCUCAUCAAACAGGCUUUCUUGUGGUCCUACUUUUCCUACUUUUUCCUACUUAUUCUUAAAAAUUGCUUGAUUUUCCUACUUUUUCCUACUUUUUCUCUUAAAAUCCUACUUUUUUAAGUCUGUUUGGCAAAACCACAGAGUAGGUACAUACAGAGGUCUCACUUCUGCUGGAAAACCGUAAGGUAGUUUUUAGAAAAAUAGUUGGCAGCCAUGUUCUUAGCAAGUCCGGUAAGGAGAGGCAUUCACCCCCUGGAACAUUAAAUUUCAAUAUGUUUUCAGGGGGGGGGGGUGAUGGGUUCUCUUUACCGGACUGGCUAAAAACACAGCGGACUGAAAAAUAUCCCUUACGCUAAAUUCACCAGAAGUGAGACCUCUGUAUUUACUUCCUCUGUGGCAAGACUCUUGACAAUUCCCCCCAAAUCCUAAAAAAUCUACGAUCCAUUGAAAAUCGCAAAAAAUCCCCUAAUGUCCUUCGAAAUCACAAAAAUCCCCACAAAUCCAUCAAGAUCCAGGUUUAUGAAGGGCAUACUUCAUGUAAGACGUUGCCACAUGGAUUUGGUUUGGCAAAAAAUGUAAUUCAGCACGUGUUCUCCAGGUAAGUGUUGUUUUUAAUUCGUUUAAUAACUUUUCUUAUCAUUUUCGUUUCGCAUCAAAUUCUAGAAUUUGAGUGGAUAUAAGAAUGGCGCAAUUGCAAAACAACGUCGGCAAAUUUGCAUUGAAAUUAGCAUUAAAAUUAAUUUGCAUAUUCAAAUAUAAUAAAAAUAUAGUAAAAUAAGUUUUAUUUAUGAUAUUAUAUGAGCUGCAAGCUGGCUUGCUGGCCGUCCUUUUUUAUUACUCAAGAGUAUAGCGCGUAGUUAGUAAUUCUGUCCGCAGUCACCCAAGCCAAGAAACUGAUCGCAGGGAUUAUAAAUUUUUGUAUGACACCGUCACCGCUCAUCAUUCAUCAAUCAAUUUUUUAGCAAAUAUGUAUUUAGUAACAAUUGCCAACUUGCAAAAUGUAACUGGCUAAACCAGUGGGUUAAACGUACAGUUUCUUGAAAGAGCAACGAUUCCUUGUAACUUAUUUAUUUUUGGUGAAAAUAAACCGUCAUGAAUGAAUUUUUAUUAUUAAUGUACACAUUGCAUUUAAGAUUUAAUUAUUAUUAUUAAUGUACACAUUAGAUUUCAGAUGUACACAUUGCAUUUAAGAUUUUAAGAUCCCUAUCUUUUGUGUGACUGCCUAUAUGUAGAUAAUCAGAAUUGGUGCUACAAAUUUGCUCAGAGUAACUAUUGCUCAGAGUAACUAUAGCUAUUCAUCAUGUGAUGCAACACCUGCUCUUUUCAAGAGAAUAUUCCCUGGUGAUGUUGCUGAACAUUUUUCAAUGAGCAAAUCCAAAGUAUCGUAUCUUCUUUCGGAUGGCUUGGGACCGCAUUUCAGGCGAGAGAUGUGUGCUUCAAUCUGCGAAACAAAGAGUGUGUUUACGUUGCAAUAUGACGAAACCGCGAAUACACAGAACCGCAAGCAGUGUGAUUUGCUUCUGCGAUACUGGUCUGAAGCUGCUGGUGAAAUUCGUGUGCAGUUCUUGAAGGCACUGAUGUUUGGACAUGCCAAAGGGAAAGAUGUUUCCUUGGCUAUAUUGGAGACAUUGCAGGAGGAAGGCUAUCAGUUGCCAUUAGCACAGCUGAUUAGCCUAGGAUCGGAUGGCCCUAAUGUUAAUAAAACAAUUUGGAAUUUGAUCAAUGAACACAUGAAGACCAAUGGCCUGCAUGGAAUUCUCCCUUUUAUUCCGUGUAACUUGCACAUCGUUCACAAUGCAUUCAGACAAGGUCUGAAUAUAUUUGGAGAACAAGCGGAACAGCUUGUUCUAGAUCUUUUCUUUUUCUUGAAGGCAUCGCCAUGUCGGAAAGAAGAUUUUUUCGAAACACAGCUUGGCCUUGGUUUAGAUAGUGGAUUGUUUAUCAAACAUGUCCAGAGUCGUUGGCUUAUGCUUAUUCCCGCGGUUAAAAGAGUUCUGAUCUGCUGGGAUGCUGUCGAGAAAUAUUUUCUAAUCGAAUUGCCAAGAAUUAUGGCAAAAGAGAAAGAAGCGUCACUGAAAAAUAACGAACGAUACAAGAGAAUCUGUCAGAAGAUUAAAAAUCCAGAGAUCUUUGUACAGUUGCACUUUCUUCAAAAUUUAGAAUCAGUAUUCCAUCCUUUCCUUGCCUUUUUCCAGAAGGAGGAACCACUUAUCCACAUCCUGUACCACAAGCUGUCGGAGCUUUUGCGCACCAUCAUGUUUCGUUUCCUUAAGCCUGGUGUUGUUGGAGAGAAUACAGGGAAAAAUCUUAAGGCGGUGGAGUUGAGCAAACCUGAGAACCAGCUGAGCGAUCAGUUAAUUGAAGUUG